GCAAGAAGCAGUGGGACAGAGAUUGGAGGGCGAGAGAGAGCAAGGAGACCAGAGAUGAGAUCCAGAGAAGAGAAAGUUGGGGAAAGCCUGGCUGGAGGGGGCGGGCGCUGGGAUCCCCACCGUCUCCGCCCCGGAAAGCGGGGCUUCCGGGUUCACUAUAAAGCGGGGAGCCCGGGACCCCGGUUUUAGCCGCCUGCCGCUGGUCAUGGGCUCCAGCUCGGAAGCCAUCCCGGACCCCGAGGCCCCGCGGCCGCCCGCGCCCCCCGGCCCCGCCUGCCGCCGGCUGCCCUGGGCGCUGAGCGCCGCGCUGCUGCUGCUGCUCGCGGCCGCCUGCGCCGCCUGCGCCGUCCGCGCCUGGGAGCUGCCCCGCCGCCCCGCCUCGCCCGGCCCCUGCCCCGCGCCCGACUCCAGGCUGCCCGAGCUCCCUCCCGACGCCCGGGCCCGCCUCCCCGACUCCCCGCAGGAUGUGGGCGUGUUCGCGCAGCUGGUGGCCCGAGAUGCACUGCUGACAGAAGGGCUCCUGCAUUGGUACAGUGAUCCUGGCUUGAAAGGUGUGUUCCUGGCACCGGGCCUGAGCUACGAUGAGCACACACAGGAGCUGGUGGUGUCUGAGGCCGGCAUCUACUAUGUGUUUUUGCACCUGGAACUGCAACGUGUGGUGGCCAGAGCUGGCUCUGGCUCCGUCUCCAUUGCCUUGCACCUGCAGCCGCUGGGCAGAGGGGCUGCAGCUCUGGCCCUGACCUUGGACCUGCCAUCUCCCUCCUCUGAAGCACGGGACUCAGCAGCUGGUUUCCGGGGUGGCCUGCUGCACCUGCGCGCUGGCCAGCGCCUGGGUGUCCAUCUCAGGGCUGCGGCUGGGGUGCACCCCGCCUGGCAGCUUGCACAAGGUGCCACGGUCUUGGGCCUCUACCGAGUGGCCACCAAGGUCCCUGCUGGACUCCCCUCGGGACAGCCUUCAUGAGGCAGGCGGGGUUGCCACCCCCUGCAGGGAGACUAAAUCCUGCCUUUCUUCUGUGGGGCCUCUGGUGAUGAGCCCUGGCUUCUCUACCUCACCAAGCAGGGCAGGGGUUCUGGCUGCUGACCCCCUCCUCAAGGACUCUCUGGUCCCUCUAUCACUCCUGCCCCGAGUCAAACCCUUGAUAUUUAUUAUGAGCCUGAGCUCAGACAGUGGACUUUAUAUUUAUCUGUUUAACUUAUAUUUAUUGAGCGCCCAGGCCAGGUACUGUGCAGCAGGGCUGAAGAAACAGACCAAAACAACCAAUACCAAGCAAAACAGACCUCAAAAAACCCUUACUUAUGUUAAUAAGUGAGAAAUAAAGACUCACUCCGAGCCUCCCCCUUUGGGAUUUUGUGGGGUAGCUUUAGGGGGUCUGCAGAAUUCUUUGUUGUGUGAGUUUCAUUCAUGCAACUUGUCUUUUGACCAUCUACUAUGUGUCAGGCACUGUUUUAGGUGUUGAGGACACAGCAAUGAGCAAAACAGACCAAAAACUCCAGCUUUUGCCAAGCUGACAUCUUUUAGGCUGGUUUGCCACUAUGACUGUGAUUGUGACCUGGUGUGCCUGGGCCAGGGGACAGUGUGAAUGGUGGAUGGUACUGGGUAAUAAAAUGUUUAUAAAUGUAAUGAUGACUCUAUUGAGCUUUUACUGUACACCAGACAGUGUUAUCUGAGACUCAUAACUACUGUAUGCUUUAAGGGUUUUAUUAUUUCCAUUCUACUAUUAUGUAUGCUCGAGGUUAUUUUCCUCUAUGGUAAGUGGGUGGUGGAAAUACUGUAGAAUACAGUUCUGCAGGAAGUCACUUGCCAGCUCUGUUCAGUACCAUCACGCCAGUAACUUAAAAUCAGCCAUUUGAAUCAGCAAAUGCUACAAGCCAGGGCUUGAUUUAUUGUCUGCUGGUCAGCUAGACUUAAAGUGAUGGAGGAACUGAUGUUAAACAAGUAGAUUAGACUUAAAAGUGUGUCUUGGCUCUACCUGUUAUGUUGUGAAUAUCAAGGAAGUCUUCAUCUAGUGUUUUCAAAUCGUUAUCUGAUUUUGUAAAGAAGUUGCUCAUGUUUUCACAAGCAAGUGAAGUGUGGACAUACAUCUUUGGCCCGUUUUAUCUUAGUAUUUUUUUUAAAAUUGA